AUGAAUGAUGUUCAGUCGUCUCGUGACUUCUCGACACUCGUUAGUUGUCCGUUCAAUGCUUUCCGUUAUUCGCCCGUGUCGUUCAUUCAAUUAACGUCAAUUCAAGUGUUCCGAGUCCGAUGCAAAUCGUUUAACAAACAUGCAUUCCGACUGUUGAUUGAAUACAGUCGUGUUUUGUAAAUUUUGCAUGAAAAUGGUGACGAGAACCUUGACCGUUUUCCGAUGCGCCGUCGGUGUCUUCUGCGCGCUUUUGGUAGCAUCGUCGUGCGCCGAGAAGGACGUGAGCGUCAAAAACGAUCUCAACUUGCUCGUGCUCACAGUUGCUUCUGAAAAAACUGAUGGUUAUAAAAGAUUCAUCGAGUCUGCUAACUUAAAUGGCCUUAAAACUAAAGUACUUGGCUUAGACAAACCAUGGAAAGGAGGAAAUAUGAAAAGCGUUGGUGGUGGUUACAAAUUGAAUUUGUACCUUAAUGCACUAGAACCUUACAAAAAUAAUGAUAAUUUAGCAGUAUUACUCACUGAUGCAUAUGAUGUAGUAUUAUUAGCUAAUAGCAGUACAAUUUUAAAAAAAUUCACUGCAUUUGAUGCUCAAAUAGUGAUUUCAACUGAAAGAAGCUGUUGGCCUGACAAAAAAUUAGCUGAUCAUUAUCCUACUGUUGAAUUAGAUGGCUAUAGAUUUUUAAAUUCAGGAGGUGUCAUUGGAUAUGCUAGCCAAUUGUAUAAGUUGCUUUCAGAAAAGCCAAUAAAAGAUCUUGAUGAUGAUCAAUUGCAUUUGACAAAUUUGUUCCUAAAUACUGAUGUCCGAAAAAAGCUUAAUAUCAAGUUGGAUAAUUAUGCAAGCUUGUUUCAAAAUCUAUAUUUGUCUGAAGACGAUGUAAAAAUGAGACUAAUAAAUAAAUCAUAUGUAUUAGAAAAUACCCAUUUUAAUUCUCAUCCAGCUAUACUUCAUGGAAAUGGAAUAUCUAAACUAUCAUUAAAUAGUUAUACAAAUUAUAUACCAAACCAGUGGUCUCCUGAAAGUGGAUGUAGUAAAUGCAAAGACAACACUAUUGAUCUUUCAAUGCUCAAGAAUGAAAAUUAUCCAAUUGUACUAUUAUCAAUAUUUAUUGAUAGAGCAACUCCAUUCUUUGAUGAGUUUUUAGAAAAAAUUAAAAAUAUUGACUAUCCAAAGAGUAGAUUAUUAUUGUCUUUUACUACACUGGUGGAAUAUCAUAAAGAAAAAGUGGAUAAAUUUAUAACUGAAGUAGGUAAUCAAUACAAUGCAUCAUUUGUAUUUCAUAAAACUCCUAAGGAAAACAUACAUGCCCGGCAUUUUGUAUUCUCCUUGUGUACUAGCAAAUCUUGUGACUAUUUAUUUUAUAUAGAGAAUGAAGUACAUUUAGAUAAUCCACAAACUUUGAAAAUACUAAUUGAAAACAAUAAGAAAAUUAUUGCCCCAAUGCUUACACGACCAUUUAAAGCAUGGUCUAAUUUUUGGGGUGCCUUAUCUAAAGACGGAUUCUACGCUCGAUCAUUUGACUACAUGGAUAUCGUUAAUUAUAAUAAAACAGGUAUCUGGAAUGUACCUUAUAUAGGUAGUUGUUACCUAAUGAAAGGUUCAAUUUUAGAGAAUAAAAAUACUAGACCAUCGUAUAAAGAAGAUAAUCUGGAUUAUGAUAUGGCAUUUAGCAAAUCAUUAAGAGAAAAGCAAGUGUUUAUGUAUAUUGACAAUCAAUAUAAUUUUGGUCAUUUGAUUGAUUCGGAAACUUUUGAUACUACUCUUAAGAAUCCUGAAGUAUAUCAAUUACUUGAAAACAGAUAUGAUUGGGAACUACGUUACAUCCAUCCAGAUUACAUUGAGAAUUUCAAUCCUGAAAAAAAACCAGCUGAGCCUUGUCCUGAUGUAUUUUGGUUCCCAAUUGUAACUGAACGGUUUUGUCAAGAAUUCAUUGAAAUUAUGGAAAAUUUCGGACAAUGGUCCGAUGGAACAAAUAAUGACCCCAGAUUGGAUACUGGAUAUGAAGCCGUGCCAACCAGAGAUAUUCAUAUGAAACAAGUGGGCUUACACAAAGUGUGGCUAAAGUUUUUAGAAUUAUUUGUUUCGCGAUUACAGGAGCAUGUGUAUCUUGGCUAUUACUCAGAUGGCCCUCCUCGUUCUUUGAUGAACUUUGUUGUAAAAUACAACCCAUUCGGUCAGGCUUCGUUGAGGCCUCACCAUGAUUCUUCUACUUACACUAUCAACAUAGCCUUAAACUCUCCUGGAAAAGAUUACCAGGGAGGUGGAUGCCACUUUUUGAGAUAUAAAUGUAAAGUUACAGAAAUGAAAGUGGGUUGGAUGCUAAUGCACCCAGGCAGACUGACACAUUACCAUGAGGGACUUGAAGUUACCAAUGGCACAAGAUACAUUAUGAUAUCAUUUGUUGACCCGUAAAGACCUAAUCAUUUUCUCACAUACCUACUUAAAUAAUUAAAACAAUAUUUUCUUUAUUGGACAUUUUAAUUUUAUAGUUUAGCAUGUUUUUUUUUUUUUUUUUUUACCUGAUAUAUUAAAUAUUUAUUUAGUCAUUAGUUUGUACAAAAUGUCUAUGUUUUCAAUAUUUUUUUACAAUAUAUUUCUGACCAUUAUUAAAUACAUAAA